UCAACUGACCUCGAUUUAUCUGAGGAAAUAGUGCCAUGUGUUGAAGCUCAUGUGCAGGAGAAUAACGUUAGUCAACUUUCGCAUUUUAAUGAUAAUGAUUUGACUUUGGAUGAAAAUUCGUAUAUUCCAGCAAGUGAAUUAGUCAUUACAAGUCUGCCCUUUGUGCUUCCAUCAAGAUUAGUGAUUGAACAUGUUUUUAAAUCCAUAAUGGAUGAUAAAGAACCUAUUGUUCUUUAUCGACGAUGUCUUUCUGAUGUAAAAUUUCAAAUAGCACAAAAUGAUGAAUUAGAAGGUGAAGUUAAUAAGAAUUCACAUAGUUCAGCAAAAAUUCUAGAAUUGACCGUUGAUAUUGAUGUGGUACAUGGAAUUUAUGAAGGCGGAUUAAAAACAUGGGAAUGCUCAUUAGAUCUAGUUGAAUAUCUUUCAAUCAAAUCAAAAGAAAUUAAUUUCAGUGGUAAAAAAAUACUAGAGGUAUAUGUGGAUGAUCCUAUACGUUUGGGAUGUGGUUCAGCUCUUCCGGGAAUAUAUUUACUUUCUACUCAGCAUUCUAUUUGCGUUGAUUUCCAAGAUUAUAAUGAACAUGUUUUAAAAUUAGUCACAAUGCCGAAUAUACUUAUCAAUACAGUUCUACGACCACAAACAGAUGACAUUUCAGAAAUAGAUAUUGUAGAAGAAAUCAAUUGUUUGAAUCAAUUAAAAAAUAGCAAAUUUUUUAAGGGAGAUUGGAAUGGAUUAACUGAUUUAUUGAAUUUACAUUCAAAUCAAGAAAAGUAUGAUAUAAUACUUUCAUCAGAGACAAUUUACAACCUUAACUCUAUUCCAAAACUUUAUAAUGUUAUUAAACAUGCUCUGAAGUAUCCGAAUGGCGUCGCUUACAUUGCUGCAAAAACUAUUUAUUUUGGUGUUGGUGGUGGGAUACUAUCAUUUUGUCAAUUAAUUGAGCAAGAUCAUGUUUUUGAAGUUAAUGUAGUCUAUACAAAAACUGCACAUGUCAGAAGAGAAAUUUUAAAACUUUCAUUUUUAUAA